CUCGGGAAGAAGGGUGGAAUUCGCAAAGGUGGUUGGAGGCUCCUCCAGCCUCACAGCAAGAGCACUGUGAGUGUUGUCUCUGGUGACAAGUAUUCCAGAAUAGAGUGUGGUCUCCGCUGUGUGUGCCGGGGUACUGGAGGGGCAUUCCACACCUGGGUCUCUAAUGAACGGCAAAGGCUUCUAAGACAAGCACAGCGGCACUAUACUCUGCAUCCUGAAGCCUGACUGCUCGGCAACUAGGCAGCCCACACGGGGCCCACACACAGUGAGUCUAGGGCCCCAUGGGGUGCCUGGGGUGGCACAGGGCUCUCUGGGUCCCUGCUCAGUGAGGCUGUGUGGAGCUCAGUGGGUGCAAACACUUGAACUGUAGCUGCAGGCAGGGGAAUAUCAGGUGCAUCUCUACGCCCUGAGGGCUCAACUCCUACACUUAAAUCCCUCCCACUGGAACAGCCGGCUCCAGUUUCACCGAGCCAGCGAGCCAGCGUGAGAACAGAUCCUGCUCCUCAACCCUCAGCACCCUGCACAGAAAGACUCCGCAUCCCAGCACUGCCCACCUCUGUUUUAGGUGCCACAUGAAAGAAACUUCCCUUAUCAGGCCCUGAGCCCGUGCAGCUGGCUUCAAAUAAAGUACUCAGCAAGACGACGACCAGGACUCAGUUCCUUCAAAGUCACCACAACUUGGUCAAAGAGUCAGCAGUGACCACACACUGAGCAGACCAGAGUCCAAACACCCAGGACAAUGAGUCUCCUAAAGGAACGGAAACCAAAAAAGCCACACUAUAUUCCACGGCCCCCAGGAAAGCCAUUUAAGUACAAAUGCUUCCAGUGUCCUUUUACAUGCAACGAGAAGUCACAUCUUUUCAAUCACAUGAAGUACGGCCUCUGUAAAAACUCUAUCACUUUAGUGUCGGAACAAGAUCGCAUUCCCAAGUGUCCCAAAUCCAGCUCGUUGGACCCUAAGCUGACCCACCAGACAGAGCCCCCCUCAAAGCCAGCUACUUCUAAGUCUCUCGCAAAUGGACUCUCCAGCUUUGAUCCAAAGUCUCAGCAGGGCUCAGCAAAGGAAGAUGCCAAAGAGAACCUAGAAAUACCGGGUCGGGGAACCCACAAGAGUCCCCAGAAACCAGCCCUACAGAAAGAAAUGACACCAGAAGCCAUUGUCAGCCCCCAGCCUUGCCUCGACAGUGGGGUUAGGCCUUCAGCAUUUGUUCCCGUUGGGGAGCACAGACUUAGAGGUCCAGAAGACACAGAGGCUCCUGAAAUGCUGGCAUUAAGCAACUCUACCACCAAAGCCACCCCUUUCCAUGCCAAGUCUGCAUUCCAUACUCCUGGUUACCCCUGGAAAGCUGGCUCCCCAUUCCUCCCACCUGAGUUUCCACAUAAAAUCCCAUCUACAAAGGGGUUUGGUGCCAUCUCCCCCUACAUGCACCCUGCAAUCCCAGACUACCCACAUCCCUUCUACACAGAGCCCGGGCUGGCUGCCAUCUACUCGCCCUACCUCCUGACGGGGAACACUCCUGAGUGCGAGGCCACGUUGUUGUCCGUCUAUGGGGCCCAAGACCAAAGACACUUCCUGUCUCAUCCCGGGCCAAUCCCCAAGCACUUGAACACAUCUCCGUCAACAUACGACCACUACAGAUUUUUCCAGCAGUACCAGGCUAACCUGCCAAUCCCUUAUGGAUUUUACAGGCCGGAGUCUGCCUUUCCGUCCUACAGCCUCAGGCUUCCACCCGUCCCGGGCAUCACACGAGACCAAAGCUCCCGCCUGCUUGAAGAAGCAGCCCUGGCUUACCCAGCCUCAAGUCCCUCAGAGUUAAACCUUUCAAACUCCCACAGAAAACACACAGAAUUUGAGAAGGAAAGUCCAGUUCCUAAGGCAAAAGAUCCUUCUAAAGAUGGGCAAAGGGAUGCAGAAGAGGCCAAAAUGAGCCCCCGAGCAGGGACUGCUGCCACAGGCUCACCAGGAAGGCCAAGCCCGACCAACUUCACACAAACAAGCCAAACAUUCGAAGGCUUGUGUGACCUCUCAAACAAAGCAGCCUCCUCAGGAACCCUGGAGCGACUCCAGCAGCCUGAGCAGAGCCCCACCGCCUGCAAACCUGUCCAGAGGAGUUCAGAAAGUCCUCAUUCUCAGCUUCCUGCCAACAGAACAGAGUCUCCAAAAAGCCUUCAGGCCAUGAACAGUGACCCUCCAGCCCACAUAGGGAGCAGUACCUCUCUCAUCACAGAAGCCCCGCCCUCCAGCCCAGAGGACCACUCCAGAAUAGGCCCCCUCAAUCUCUCCAAGAAACUGGAGACAAGCCCUGCAGCCACUCAUGGACCCACGUAUGCAGGCAAUGCACAGGCAGAUGCCCAGGGCGUCUCAGGGCUGCAAGACCUGCCACUCAACCUCUCUGUAAAGGACCCCUGUAAUGCCUGGGCUCCAAGGCCUGUCCUCCCCGGGCCACCACAAGGUGCAGAACCUGCUGCUGUUCUAAAGGCUGAGACGGAAGGUUCUGAAGACAGGACAAGCCAUGUGCAGACACAGCAAGACAAGGUCCACAGCAGGACGGCCCCAGAUGUCCACACAGUAGACAGCAGCGAUGAACAGAAGCAGACAGCAGCUGUAGCUCUCUGUCAGCUGGCAGCCUACAGCCCAGGGAAUGUCCGAGUGGGCGAGGAGGAGAGCACAGCCCAGGAAUCCACCUGUCAAGACAGAACCACCCUCAGUUCUACAGAGAACCAGGGAGCUCAGUGUGACCUCAGACCCAAAGCACAAAAGAGGACAAGUCAAAGGGAUACAGGAAGAUCCCAGCAAGGAGCUAAAAAGCCAAAGCUGAAUGAGACCGCACCAAGAGUGCUCACUCUCCGCAGAAGAACCCGGGUGUCCUGAGGCCUCACGGAUGCCUUCACACCGUGCUCCAAGCAGCAGCCUCACUUUUUUGCUUUUUUGGAGGAGGUGCAGUCUUGCCACGUUGCUCAAGCUGGCAUCAAACUUGUGAUCUUCCUGCCUCGGCCUCCUACGUGCUGGGCCAACCAGUAUACCCAGUUUUCCUCCACUUUUUAUCAAUUUUUAUAAAUAGUUUCUCUUUUCUUCUCAAAAAAAAAAAAAAGACAAAAGGCUGUAAUCUUGUUCAGUUUUUUUGUAAACAUUAAGAUAAAUAUUAAAAGGUGUUUCUACUUCUGGUUAUUAAAAAAAAAUCUGAGUAGCUUAUGCUCUCCAAGAUUGAGGAAUUAAACUGUGCUUUUCUGUUUGUGACUCACCAGGAAAACAUACAGAAUUAAAACCUAGCUCAGCAGCGUGGGUCAGUUCACAAAAAAAAAAAAAAGACUUUUCACAUGUACUGUUUUUCAGCACUGGAAAACGUCACUGUUUUACUCUUUUCCUGUUAGGCACAGUUAUGUGUUUGAUGCGGAAGCAUCUUCAGCUUGGGCAUCAAGUGUUGCGUGUAAAAAGUGCUGUGCUUAGCUCUGCCUAAGCCAUCCGCAAACAUCAGAAGCGACUCCAUGAGUAACUUCUCUCCCUCAGGGAAACGCGUUACUGGUGAAGGUCUGAUCAACUUACUCUACUUGCUUAUGAUGUCACUUAGCUUCACGGUCCACUCCCUACAGUGAUGUGCAUGUUGAUUUUUCCAAUAAACUCAUGUGUGAACUUUGAGAACACAUAAAGCAAAGACCAACAUAAGCUCUAUGGUAUUCUUGAGAGUAUUUUGCCAUAACAUUCAGCGAGAAAGAGUUGACACUGAGGAAGCAAUGAAACCAAGAAAGUGCUUCUGGGGUCAGUAAAUAAGCUAGUGGCCAUAGAGCCCAGGCAUGUACGAAUCUUCACUCCUGGGGCUUUUCAAAGACCACUCAGGAGGCCUGAGCCCAGGCUGCCUUGAGAACAAGAUCAGGAGACCUGGCAACUAACACUACAUGGGCAGGGUUCUACCUUUCUCCCUCCUCAGUAACCCCCCUUCUACUUCUGGACAAAGGCAACCUUUCACCCUGUGAGCUAGAGCCACGCUGUAGGCACUGACACAGGGAUCCAUGGUUCCUUGUUGAGAAACCUCUUUGUUCAGCCAGCAGCUCCCAGCCCCCAGCCAGCCCCAACAGAGGAUGCCCAGGGAGGCCGACCAGUAUUCUACCUUCCGAUGACAUCAGGAACAGAGAAACACUGUGAAGCUUGUUAAAUGCAUACAAAACUUCACAUACAAUAUAUAAAAGGGAUGCAGGGCUUUUCACAACUGUUAUGGGAUACAUAAGGCCAGUGCUGCAGGUUUCCCACUCAUGGAUGCAGCCCCCGUUACAACCUGGUGAGGCAGGAGGGGCCCCUUCCAUCCAAGGAACUAGGAGAGUCCUUUGGGUCCAUCCAAACCACCACAUACACUAACCCAAACUUACUCUCUUAUGACAUAAAAUCAACAAAUACCAACAAAUCUUAUUUUCUACCCUGACUUUUUUUUUUUUUUAACGUUUGCCAAACAUACACCAAUAUGUUUGGCAAAGAACAAAAACAUGAUCCUUCCUGCUCCCAAUAAGUAAAAGCCUUCAGGAAAGGGGAAUGAUCAAUCAAGCAUUAUGCUCCAUGCUCAUGACCCAAAGCCUGGCACUUACAAAGUCCUCUUAGCAUGCUU